GACAACGAAGACCUGCCUGCAGAAGGCUGGUGUGCUCGCCGGAGACCAGCGGCGGAGGAGCCAGAUGGAGGCGAAGCUCAGCCAGCUGGUUGGUGUGCUCGUCGUCGGGAUGCCGCUGAGGAGCUAGAAGGAGGCGAAGACCAGCCAGCAGGGGCUUGGUGCGCUCGUCGAAGGAACGCCACGGAG